GAAAACGACGAAAUCAUCAUCCUCAUCAUGAUUAUUUCCUUCAUCUUUUUUAUCGGUAACGAAUGAAUCGUUGUGUCACCACAAUUGUUUUGCUGUCUCAAUAGGGAUUGGACGUGUACGAGAACGAGCAGUAGAAAUAUAAAAAUUGCCGGUCGCUUCUGUUGCACGUUCGUGCAUAAUCUCGUUGAUUCAAGGGCGCAUGUUGGCGACAUCAGUGUACGCGGCCGGAAUGCCCUCGAGACCGCAAUUCACGCCCAGUUAACGAUGCCAGCUAUCUUGAACCGGGAAGGAUUAUCCGCCAGUGGACAGGCAAGGUGUCCUUCGCCGUCAACCACUCAAGAGUCCUGGCCCACCCCUCCGCCGGCGCAGAGUAAACUCGUAGUUCCCGAAAAACCGAAGUUAAAUUUUGUUCGCAGACUACGGCAGGAACUACCGGGACUUCCACCUUCUUCAUCCCAUCCACGUUGUUUUUGUCCCCAAACCUUUUGGAACCCCACCCUUUGGUAAUGCAGUGGGAUAAGUCGAAUCUCUGAUUCGGCGACGGCAGGAAAAAUGGGAAAAAUGUAGAGCGAUGGCGAGAAUGGCCGAUCGAGGACGAGUAUAGCAAUAUUGUUUGGUGAAAAUUUCCCGUCAAAGGCUGGAUGGGGUGUGAUAUGUUGGAUGCGAGCUUCCACACUGGCUUAUUUCUCGGUAUUGGUCGCCAUAUCCCAUUCGCCGGCACGUACCUUUAGCAAGGUCUAAUAUUUUCCGAUUACAUUGAAAGCGCUUGUGAGCACCAAGUUGUCGGCGAUCAGGGAUCCGGCACCCUUGUAAGUAUUGUUAGGUGUCAUUAGGGCGACCACCCAAGGAAACUCGCCCUCCUGGUCGUAUUUAAUGGAAUCGGUGUAGAAUAUCAGGCAAUAUGCGUUUCGGGGUCCGCAUUUUAGGAAGCUCGAUUCUUACAAUGUUCGCAUGGGAGCAACCAAUGUGGUUGUCUGGGCACUAUAGAUCCAGACGUCUGGAACGAAAACAUUGGUCUCUGAUUAUCUCCGUCGUUGCACAAAUAUCGCGGCACACACCAUUUGGAGGAACUGCUUCCGCAGGGUUUGAGGCGCAGACCCUGGACAACGGCGAGCGCCAGAAAGAGGCGCAGAGACACCGGAAAACGACCCCAAACGAACCAUCCUAACUAGAUCCAAGUUGAAAGCCUGCCGGAUGAUGUCCUGUUCAUUAUACUAGAUUACCUGGAUCUGAAUACUCAGCUCAAGAUGAUGCGAGUGCAUUCGCGUUUUUUGAAUAUAAUGCAUCAGUUUUGGCGUUUUAACUGCAAAAAUAUGUUGAUUGUAGAGCCAAUCCUUCUCGAAGACCUAAUUUUGGUUUUGAAAAGUACUUGCAAUUGGAUAACAAACUUGCGGUUCAGAACAAACAAUCAAGAACACUUCGCGGAACUCACAAAAUAUAUGUAUCCCAAUGUCAAGGACCUGCGGCUGGCCACCCGAAACUUUCAAUUAAAGGACUCGGAUAUGAUAAAACUAGUUCAGUCUUUCCCCAAUAUAAAAACAUUUAGCCCACAAGGACAUUUAACUGGGGCUCACAUGAGUGAUUUCCGACAGCUCGAAAACCUAACUUUAUCGUACUGUUCCUACGCCUCUGGCUCCCAACUUACCCAUAUUUUAUCAUCUUUGCGCCUAAAGAGUCUCAAAUUAGACGUUUUUAGCAAUAAAGAGAUCCGAAGUGUGAGUUUGCCUCUGGAAGGUUUAACUAAUCUGGAGUUACUUCAUUGCGACAGCUCUGAAAUGACUUCGUGGUUUCUCGACAAAAUUCGUUUUCUGGUCAACCUAAAAGAACUCAAGAUAAGUGACAAUUUACAUGCAAACGUAGCCAGAGAACUACUUGAUUCCCUAUCAGUAAAUCGGAGCUAUGCCAAAAGCCUCGAGCUAACAUUAAUUCAAUCAAUCGGAUUGGCUUUAGCUUCUUAUUGUACGAUCCGACUUGGGUCUGUCAUUAUUAUAAGUCAAGAUAUUGGUGGAAUCGGUUUUUUAUAUACAGAAAUCCCAAAUACUAAGAGACUUUAUUUAAAGUGCUGCGUGAUCAGAAGCCAAAAUGAUUUCCAUUCGCAUAUAAAAGCAUUAAAAACACCAGAAUUUAUAUGCUUUGAUUGCUGCCAGUUUGAGUUUAAGGAGUUUACGUUUUCAGGUAAAGAUAUUGCCCAGGAUCGCAGUACCAAACUAAAUCUGCAUAUAAUUGGAGGUACUUUCAAUCAACUUCCUAUCAAUUCGUGUCAUUCAUAUGAAGAUAUCUCCCAAGUUGAUUGGAAAGUGGUUGAGGAGGAUGCACUGUUUGAGUUUCAUCGUGUACUUCCAAAGGAGCUGAAAGUCGAGUACAAAUAUGAGCCUUUCCUCAUUCAGUUUGAAUAAAAAUCAAUGAUUCUUAUGCUUGUAAACCUGGCAUAUAAUUAAAUGAAAGACGCAUCCAUUGUCUCUUG